AUGAAGCACGCUUUUGCCGCUUCGGCCGCCGCUCUUUCUUUACUGGGAUCUGCUUCGGCAUGGACAAUUCCCAUUCCCGCCAACUGGAAUGGCAACUUCAUGGGCUUCAACCGCGGCUCCUCCGAUGAGACCUUCGCCGAGGACCUAGCUGCUCUCGCAUCAGCCGUCGCGACCUCUACGGCCCCUGCCACCGCCGCAGCAACUGGCUCCUCUCACGAGUCUGGUGGCGAGGAGCAUCUCGUUAUCUUCAACGCUUCGCAUCCCACGACUCCCGAUAUCGAGGAAAUCCUGAACCGCUUGGAGCUUAGCUCGAAUCAUUCUGAUGUGCGCUAUGUUUAUGACAACAGCGUCUUCCGCGGGUUUUCCGCAAACAUGAAGGAACACUGCAUCAAGGCAUUGGGCGAGAUGGUCGAGGUUGAGACGGUGGAGAAGUCUACUGUCAUGUCCGCCUCCUUUAGGAGGGGCAAGAGGGACGUUAGCGCGCGGCGUGGCUCCCCCUGGGGUCUGCAGCGCAUCUCUAGCUCGCUGUCGGUCCCCGGCAAUGCUACUGAUGGCCUCGCUUUCACCUACUCAUUCGAGAACUCGACGCUGGGCAAGGGUGUCGAUAUCUACGUCGUUGACACUGGCAUCAAUGUCGACCACAUCGCUUUCCAAGGACGCGCGAAGAACGGCUGGACUGCCUACCCGGACAAUAAGGAUCGCCCAGUAGAUGGCUGGACCGAUGAGAGGGGCAACUACACGGACGGCGCCGGUCACGGCACCCACGUCUCUGGCACGUCUGCCGGCGCCACCCUCGGCAUUGCACCGGGCGCCAACAUCAUUAAUGUGCGUGUGCUCGAUGCCGAUGGUGGUGGUCUCUCUGCCGACACUAUUGCCGGCAUCAGCUGGGUCAUCAACCAGCACGAUAAGCGCAAGAACGAGUCAGACUUCGUCGGUAGCAUCCUGAGCAUGUCUUUCGGCACCUCUGAGGUCGCCGCCGCGCUGAGCAGCAGAAUCAUUGAUGCGACUAGGGCGGGCAUUCACGCCUCGGUGGCUGCAGGCAACGAGGGCAAGGACGCGUGCGACUUCUCGCCCUCCAACGCCGGCGGCUCCAACUCGUCCGUCGUCACCGUCGGUAGCAUCGGCAUCAAUGACGAGAUUUCGUCUUUCUCUAACACUGGUUCUUGCGUCGAUGUGUACGCCCCCGGUGAGGACAUCCUCUCGUCGUACAUCGGCGGCGACAAUGUGGUGGAGUACCUCGACGGUACUAGCAUGGCAUGCCCCCACGUCACAGGCGUCAUGGCCUACCUGCUGGAAAAAGAGCCUGCCUUGCGUCAGGACCCCGCCGCCAUGAAGGCCCGCCUGACCUCGUCCGGCCUUCUUGAUUCUAUCACCGGUCUCGUGCUUGACACGAAGCAGACCGUCCUGCUGAACAACGGCGUCACCAGCGCCUCCCUCGGCAAGAAGCGUCAGGUCUCUGACGACGACGAUGAGCUCGAUGCCCUCACGUCUGGCGUGUUCGUCCUUGGCGACGGGGACGCCAAGUCGAAAAAGUGGUGGUAA